AUGAGGCCAGGGAACCAGAGCAGCGUGUCUGAGUUCCUCCUCCUGGGGCUCCCCAUCCCGCCAGAGCAGCAGGGCGUGUUCUUCUUCCUGUUCCUGGGCAUGUACUUGACCACGGUGCUGGGGAACCUGCUCAUCAUCCUGCUCAUCUGGCUGGACUCCCAUCUCCAUACCCCCAUGUACUUCUUCCUCAGCCACUUGGCCUUCACUGACAUCUCCUUUUCAUCUGUCACUGUCCCAAAGAUGCUGAGGAACAUGCAGACCCAACACCUAUCCAUCCCCUAUGUGGGGUGUGUUUCACAGACAUAUUUUUUCAUAUUCUUUGCUGACUUGGACAGUUUCCUUAUCACAUCAAUGGCCUAUGACAGGUAUGUGGCCAUCUGUCACCCUCUGCAUUAUACCACCAUCAUGAGGCCGAGCCUUUGUGUCGUGCUGGUGGCUGGUUCCUGGGUGAUUGCUUGUGCUUGUGCUCUUUUGCAUACCCUCCUCCUGGCCCGGAUCAUGAAAGGGGUCAACCAAACCAGCAGUGUCUCUGAGUUCAUCCUCCUGGGACUCUCCUCCCGGCCCGAGGACCAGAAGCCACUCUUUGCCCUGUUCCUCGUCAUGUACGUGGUCACCGUGGUGGGGAACUUGCUCAUCAUCCUGGCCAUCCGCUCUGACCCUCAGCUGCAAACACCCAUGUAUUUCUUCCUCAGCAUCUUGUCCUUCGUUGACAUUUGCUACACAACCACCAUCGUCCCCAAGAUGCUAGUGAACUUUCUGUCGAAGAAGAAGUCCAUCUCCUAUGCUGAGUGCAUGGCUCAGAUGUAUUUCUUCUUGGCUUUUGCCAACACGGAAAGUUACCUCCUGGCAGCCAUGGCCGUCGACCGCUAUGUGGCCAUCUGUGACCCCUUCCACUAUGUCACCACCAUGAGCCCCCGCCGCUGUGUCCUGCUACUGGCCGGCUCCUGCUCCAUCUCUCACCUCCACUCUCUCCUACUAGUUCUUCUGAUGACUCGGCUUCUCUUCUGCGACUCCAAUGUCAUCCACCACUUCCUCUGCGACAUCAACCCUCUGCUGAAAUUGUCCUGCUCCUCCACGUUUGUCAAUGAAAUGGUAAUUAACACGGAAGGACUGACAACCUUGGUGACGCCCUUCAUCUGCAUUGUCAUCUCUUACCUACGCAUCCUCCUUGCUGUUCUUAAAAUCCCCUCCACCGCUGGGAAGCGGAAAGCCUUCUCCACCUGUGGCUCCCACCUCACCAUGGUGACCCUCUUUUACGGCAGCAUAAUCUACGUUUAUUUCCGGCCCCUGUCCAGCUACACCAUCAAGGACCGCGUGGCAACAGUCAUCUACACAGUUUUGUCCUCCAUGCUUAACCCGUUUAUCUACAGCCUGAGGAACAAAGACAUGAAGCGGGGCCUGCGGAAGCUGAUGGGCAGGAGGAGGUCCUAG